AUGAGCACCGACGACACGCUUUCCUCGCCGCACUCCACCAACGUUUUCAGACGAACGAACAUCGCCAGUCCAGCCUCACUCAAGCCCGGCCAAUUUUUGAUCGCACCCGCGUGCCCAGAAGCUAUGCCUAAAACGCGAAAGCAGCAACCUGAUGACUCUUCUUCAGAAGAAGAAGAGCCUGACCAGGCCAAGAAGCUCGAGGCCAAGGUGGCAAAACUGGUCGCGCAAAUGCAGGAGUUAAAGGCUGGAAAGAAACCCAGUAAGGGGAAAGCCGAUUCUGCCGGUGCGGCGCAGAAAGACAAGGCCAAAAAAGGCGUUGUCCAACUGAGUUCAGACGAAGAUGAGACAAAGGCUUCGUCUCGCAGGGAGAGGAAUGCUCCGAUAGAGGAUAAACUCUACUACAUCACCGAAGGAGAAACUCUCGAGUACCUCCAGAGGGUACUCUCCCGUUUUGAUCUACAAACAGGAUUCACCUUGGAAGAAGUGCAGCAGGAAAUGCUCCUGAAAUUGGAAAAAUGGUUCCAACUAGACAAAGUGGCCGGAGCAAAGAAGGCCAGCGACCAAGUCAAGGCGCCGCCGGCCAAAAGCACAGGCAAAAAAUAAUGCCGCCUCUGAAGGGUCCUAGCUUCUAUUAUAUAUUUGGGCAAAUAAUUAAUAUUCCUGCACGCCUAAUAAACUCUAUAAGACAAUUAAAAUAAAUAUAAUUUUGUUUGCUAUGAUUGCUGAGCAUACUUUCUUUUUAUUAUCCAUGAAAAAUGUUUGUUUUGUCCGCGCCCUCUGGUCCUGCGACUUAUAUGGACGAUAAUAUUUCUAUUGGUGCACAUUAAAAUUUAAUACACGCCGGCAAACUCAUUUCAACCCGUCCCAAACCGUUUCAAGUUCUUAAAAAAUAUAUAUUAUGCUGCAAAGUCAAUAAUUUAUUCCAGCACCGAGGGCCAACAAAAUGUUAUAUGUGUACUUAAUUACUGUGUCCUCACCUUUCUCACUCAAACAAACAAACGUCUGAGCAUGUGGAAUGGAUGGAGACGUCUCCGAUGCCCGCCCUGCAGGUCUACUCGUGCAGUCUCGGACGGCUUGUCGAUGCGGACAUCGGCGCCGGGUCUCGCACCUCCUCCGGACACUCUCUCUCGAUGGACGAGGUCUUGCACGACGGCCGGCCUGAGGCGAUUCCGCGGACAAACGCGUUUUCGCGGUGGCGGCGCCGCGUCUUAUUUUCGUUCAUUUGUUGCAGAAUUUCAGCUCGGGACGGCGCGGUCGGCACUUCUUGUCUUGUUUGCGCGUGCCACGAGCAAGGUGCACGGAAAAUUCCUUUAGAGAUGCACCUGAAUUGGCCACGGGGAAGGUGACCUCAGUCCCAAUAAGACCUCAGUCCUGACGACAACAAACCAAAACAAACAAUAAAGCGACUGCGGCGUUGCCAAACCUCGGCCCAAGGACGUGCGGCGUCAAGUCUCCUUGGCAAUGGCCGAGCCACGCCCCCUUUUCACUUUUGCUCAUUGUUUUAAUAAUUUUUUUCGUUUAGAUUUUCUUCAUUUUUGUGUGCAAGUAUCGCUCGUGCUGGACGACAAUAUGUGCAAGUGGACGCUGUCCAUCCGGCCAGAGCAUAAUGAGGGACUUUUCAAACACAAAACUGCCAAAAAUGACCUUCUUUGUCUCGCAAUCUCUUCAUUUGGGAAAGCCAAUCGGCUCGCACCUCUCUGUCUCAAUCUUACAAGGCAUUCUACUGGCUUCCCCAUUUGCCCAGAGCCUGAUCAAAGUAUUGCCUUGAGAGGAAUAAAUGAC